AUGUACGACUAUAACAAGAUUUCGAGGCCGGUGAAAAACUUCAGCGAAGUUCUCCUAAUAAAGUUUGGCGCCUCUUUGAUACGCAUAAUCGACAUCGACGAGAAGAAUCAGGUUUUCACGACCAACCUCUGGCUUGACAUGGAGUGGAUAGACAGCAAACUACACUGGGAUCCAGAAGUCUACGGUGGACUUAAAAAGCUACAUAUUCCGGCAGAUCUUUUAUGGACACCUGACAUUUUGCUGUACAACAACGCAGCUGGUGACCCGGAAAUAACGAUAUUCAACGAUGCGGUGGUGUACUACGACGGACGAGUGGUAUGGAAACCGCCCGCCAUCUACAAGUCAUUCUGCCUCAUCGACGUCACUUGGUUUCCUUACGAUUCUCAGGCUUGCGUCAUGAAGUUCGGCAUGUGGUCUUACGGUGGUAUGUUCGUAGAUAUGCGCCAGCUUCCGGAGAACAUGAUCAAGGAGGUGGUCAAAGACGACAACGUGGUAGAAUUUUUGGAAACAGGAAUGGACCUGUCCUACUUUUACAGAAGCGCGGAAUGGGACCUGCUUCGUCUGACCAGCGAAAGACAUGCGCAGAUUUACACCAGUUGCUGCGGGCCGUCGAAGUACGUCGACAUCACAUAUUACUUUAGCCUGCGAAGAAAGACCUUGUUCUACACGGUUAACCUGAUCAUUCCGUGUUUCCUCAUCUCCUUUCUCACCACGCUUGUAUUCUACAACUCUGACCACAAGAUCACCUUCUCUAUCGGCAUUCUCGUAACGUUAACCGUGUUCUUCUUGGUUCUGAUCGAAAUUAUACCUCCCACUAGCCUCGUGAUUCCUAUGUUCGGAAAGUAUCUGCUGCUAACCAUUAUUCUGGUCACUCUCAGUAUAAGCAUCAGCGUCGUUACCGUCAAUAUUCAUUUUCGGCGGGGAUCGACGAACAAAAUUCCGAAAUGGGUACGAAGAGUGUUCAUUGAAUUCCUACCAAGGUGGCUCUGGAUCGAUUAUCCGGAAGGAAUGCUGCCAACAAGCUGCGCAGGUUCUCAAUCUCCUGACAUUCAAAACCUGGAUGACGAGCUGUUAGAACAGUCAGGGAACGAAAGCCCAUUCUUCCCCAGAAAAAACGAAUCUGCCAUGGAACGCCAGCUUCGACUUAAACGCCAACUCAUCAUCCGGCUGUUGAGACAUGUGCACUUCAUCGCCAGGCACUUCAGAGAAAUGGAACAAGACGACAAGGAAGCUUCGGAAUGGGUCUUCAUCGCUAUGGUCAUCGACAGACUGUUUUUGGUGAUCUUCAGCCUCUGCAACAUCGGCACACUGUUCGUCAUACUGCAGGCUCCGACACUGUACGACAAACGAGGACCUUUGGCCAUUCCGGAAGCGACGCGCCCUUUGGGACAAGACACGCUCGGACCUGCUUACGAAUGA